AUGGAAAAAUAUGAAAAAUUAGCUAAGAUUGGAGAAGGGUCUUAUGGGGUUGUAUUCAAAUGCAGAAACAAAACCUCUGGACAAAUAGUAGCUAUUAAAAAAUUUGUGGAAUCUGAAGAUGAUCCUGUUGUUAAGAAAAUAGCUCUAAGAGAAAUACGGAUGUUGAAGCAAUUAAAACACCCAAACCUUGUGAACCUCAUUGAGGUGUUCAGGAGAAAAAGGAAAAUGCAUUUAGUGUUUGAAUACUGUGAUCAUACACUUUUAAAUGAGCUGGAAAGAAACCCAAAUGGAGUUGCUGAUGGAGUGAUCAAAAGUGUGUUAUGGCAAACACUUCAAGCCCUUAAUUUCUGUCAUAAACAUAAUUGUAUUCACAGAGACGUAAAACCUGAAAAUAUUCUGAUAACUAAGCAAGGAAUAAUCAAGAUCUGUGACUUUGGGUUUGCACGAAUUCUGAUUCCAGGAGAUGCCUACACCGAUUAUGUUGCUACAAGAUGGUACCGAGCUCCUGAACUUCUCGUGGGAGAUACUCAGUAUGGUUCUUCCGUUGACAUAUGGGCCACCGGUUGUGUUUUUGCAGAGCUCCUGACAAGCCAGCCACUCUGGCCUGGAAAAUCAGAUGUGGACCAACUUUAUAUGAUAAUCAGAACACUGGGAAAACUAAUCCCAAGACAUCAGUGUAUCUUUAAAAGUAAUCAGUUUUUCCGUGGCAUCAGUAUACCUGAACCAGAAGACAUGGAAACUCUUGAGGAAAAGUUCUCAGAUACCCAUCCCGUGGCUUUGAGUUUCAUGAAGGGGUGUCUGAAGAUGAAUCCAGAUGACAGAUUAACCUGUGCCCAACUCCUGGAGAGCUCCUACUUCGAUUCUUUUCGAGAGGACCAAAUUAAAAGAAAAGCACGUAAUGAGGGAAGAAACAGAAGACGUCAGCAGGUACCUCCGCUCAAAAGUUAAAGUGUUAUAAAAGUAAUUCUUUUUUUGUUUUUGUUUUAGUUUUUCUACCUUUCAAAGUGAGACUAGAUGGACACCAAGACUUUUACUUAGUGCUGGUUUAGACGUAUUUGUUCAUCUUAAUAUUGGUGAUCGAUGUAAUAAAACCAUAGAAUUAUGAAAAUAUCCAGAUUGUUGCAAAAUCUUAUUCCAAAUACACUUGAAUUAAAUUGUUACACAACCUUUUUUGCUACUCUGAUUGGAUAUACCACCCACAAGAUCAUACACCCAAAUACAACAGUCUCAUAGAGUCAAACCCCGAUUACAACAGGACUGAGUUUUGCCAGCGUUACACAGGAAUUCCAGUACCUUUCUGUAGCCUCCAGAUGUACAAAAAAGGAAACUUGAUUCCUCCAUCUUUUCACCCACAGCAGUCACCUAAGUCUGCCUUUCCCAGACUUUUUCUUGAAACCAAGAACAAGUUCUGCCAGAUACAAAUAAAUGAAACCCAGACACCUGGGAACCAAAUUCCAUCCUAGGGGACAAUAUCACAGAACCAUAUGGUGACUAUUAUGACAAACAUUAAUUCUGCAGUUUAUUAGGUGACUGUUCUUUACUUGCUCUCGGAAAACUUUGAAGUUAAAACGUAA